CUUUCAAAAAUAGUACACUUCACCACGGCAGCAACCGGUACAGCAGCGGGCGGGUACGGAGGGUGUGAACCAUGGCUCGCUACGGAAAUAAAUAAAUAACGGGACCGGGACGAUAUUAUUUAAACCAAAGAGGAAGCGGAUAUAUCCAGAGAGAAGAAACUGGGUUACAGCUAGCUAAAGUCAGUGCCACACGUUUCAUUGUUGAUGUUGGUAUUUGGCCACGAAUACCUGCCGAAAAUUGUCCCGGAGCAGUUGGAUGGCCCUCCAAAACUCCUGGGAACUUCAGAGCUCUCUACUUGUUUACUGUUUGACGUCCUUUGUUGAGGUUCCUCUGUCCUGUGUGACCCCCUGACACAGAGAGGAUGGUGAUGGAGGAGGGGGGGCAGAGAGACAGAGGGAGGGGGACUCCACCGACACCAGGAGCAGAGGGGAGACAGAUCUUCGUGGAGCUUGGGGAGCAGAACUUCGAUGCCAUUUGUCUCUCUACAUAUCGAACAGCGUGCAAGCUCAGAUUCAUACAGAAGAAAUGCAACUUACAUCUGAUCGACAUAUACAACGUGAUUGAGGCGGUGCGGGACGCUGGUCUGAACGCUGUAGAGCUGAACGCCGGCAUCUCUGUGACCAGACUGGAGAACUUGGUGUCCUCCCUGUUCAACCAACUCAGCAAGCGCCUGCCCACCACACAUACCAUCGACCCGCGAGAGAGUACCGUCCUGUUAGUCGAAUUCUUACUGGCCGCCAUAGACAGUGAGCCAGACAGCCGUCUGACGGUGCUGUCUGUGAAGUCGAUGCUGGCCACACUGUGUGGAGGGAAACUGGUAGAUAAACUCCGCUAUGUGUUUUCUCAGGUAUCUGACUCCAGCGGCGUGUUGGUACAGUCCAAGUUUGAUGGUUUUCUGAGGGAGGCUCUCAAGCUGCCCACCGCUGUACAUGAGGGGCCGUCCUUUGGCUAUACACACACCUUAGCACGCUCAUGCUUCCCACAGCAGAAGAGGGUGAUGCUCAACAUGUUCCUGGACGUCGUAGCUGACCCUCCUCAGUGUCUUGUCUGGCUGCCUCUCAUGCACCGCAUGGCCAACGUGGAGCAUGUCUGUCAUCCCGUGUCAUGCUCCUACUGUCGUGGCAACAGCAUGAUGGGCUUCCGCUAUCGCUGCCUUCGUUGCCGUGGUUACCAGCUCUGCCAGAACUGCUUCUGGCGUGGCAACGCCAGCGGCUCUCAUAGCAACCAGCAUCAGAUGAAGGAGCACUCGUCCUGGAAGUCGCCAGCGACAAAGCUUGGCCGAGCCCUGAGCAGGACUCUGGGCUGUGUGUCAUCCAGAGAGCCCCCUCAUCCAAUUUACCCAGAGGAACCUGAGAGGACCCUUGACCUCGCCAACAUAGUCCCCCCUCGCCCUAUUGGGAACACCAGUGAGGCCAUGUUGCUCUCCUCAUCGGCGCCCGAGUCCUCCAAGAGUUUGGCAGCCGCUCAGCGUAUGAACGAGGAACACGCUCUGAUCGCUGCGUAUGUGAAUCGCCUCCAGAGCGUCCCAUGUAGUGUGGACAGUCCCAGCAGGCAAGAUGAGGAGCACAAACUGAUCGCCCGCUACACCUCCCGACUGGCAGAGACUGAUGGCGCAGGAGUGAUACCUAACCGGAGCAUCAACUUCGAUGUGAACAAACAGAAGAGGGAGCUCAUUGCUCAGCUGGAGUGCAAAAACAGAGAGAUCUUGGCAGAGAUCAAACGUCUCCGUGUAGAGCAUGACGCAGCGUGCCAGGCCAGCCCGGAGAAAGGCAGCACAAACCCAACUCUGCUGGCUGAGCUUCGUCUGCUCAGACAAAGGAAAGAUGAGCUGGAGCAGAGGAUGUCGUCUCUGCAGGAGAGCAGGAGGGAACUGAUGGUACAGCUGGAGGGACUGAUGAAGCUGCUCAAGGAUGAGGAACAGCGACAGGCAGCGCAGGCGGCUGGCUCUUCUCACGCCUCUCCUUCUCGACCGAGCCCAUCAACCGUCCGCUCUAUGGGUGCUGCAUCUCCCCAGGGUCACAUGUACCCUCCUCAAGAUUCACUCGCUGGGGUGGGUGGUGACGUACAGGAGGCAUUCGCCCAAGGCCCGAGAAGGAACCUGAGGAAUGACCUUCUGGUAGCAGCCGACUCCAUCACCAACACUGUGUCCUCACUGGUCAAAGAGCUCCACUCUGAUGAUGCUCGGGAGGAAGAGGAGAGAUUGCUGAACGGGAAGGACAGAGCAGGUUAAAAUGGCUGCAGGACAAACAAAAACAGUAGAUCGAUGUUUCAUCACGGCCAAAGAAGACUGACCCCGCUGGGAUGAAGAUUUAUCUUCUUAUAUUCAUCGUUAGCCAAUGGGGAUUAGAGCUCCACUGCCAAUCAACCAAUCACGAUGCUGGACACCAAAUGACCGCUGGGUUCCUACUGAUGUAUAGCUGUGAUUCUGUGUGUGUCUUGUCACUGUGGUUUUAAUUUUGUUUUGAUUUGAUCAUGCAUAGCUAAACGAAGAAUCUGAAACCUGCUGAUUUGUACUGUAGCACACGUGCAUGUGUGUGUGUGUGUGCGCGCGCUCUGCAUUUUCGAGGUGCGAGAGGGUCGAGUAAGUGAGAGGGACGCCGUGAAGAGACAGAAAUAUGUGUUUAGGAAAUUUGUGAAGGAUAAAAGUGCAGGAAAGUUUCAGGAUGGAGAUACAGGAUGUAACCACGUUGAAGGGAAAAAGUGGAGGAAAACAAAGGAAAGUGAGUUGUAACGUACGUUUUGGCACUGUGUGCUUAGUAUUUAUUGCUUUGAUUUGAUUAGAUUUUUGCCAUUUAGCCAUUCAGUUUGAGUGUUCAUGUGUUUGUGAGUGCGGUCAGGCUCUGCUGAGAUGAUAAGCUUUAAUGGGACGUUUCCUGCUGACGCCCCCCCCCUUUGGCUGUGACGAUGCAGGGUGGAAAGUUGAAGUCCCGGUCCUGGUCCAGGUGUCUGAAACCUGGACGAGAUAAGUGCCAUGGGUGCUGGUAUGAUAGCAGCUCAGGUUGUCCAGGCUUCUCUGUGUAUCGCGGUACUGCAGUGGGAGUCAAAGAGGAGAUAUCUGAUUACUGUGUGUGUGUGUGUGUGUGUGUGUGUGUGUGAGAGAGAGAGAGAGAGAGAAUAUAAAACCAUUUGCUUCAACAGGGUCAGUGUAGCAACAGAGUAGCAAAGUGCGUGGAUAAGUGGGCUCUGGAAAUAUUUAUCCCCAUUUAAAAAUUUUAAAAAAAGUCUAUUAAAGGGUCAGUUUACCCAAAUAACAAAUCUGAGGGGUCACAAGAUGAUCGAAGGUAUAAGGAAGAAAAGAAAUUCUGUUUAUUUUCUCUUUUAUUUUUCUCGUGAUUUCUUUACAUUUAUUUUUAUAUAUAUACUUUCACCUCUUCAAGACUCAAAAAAAAUCCAUAUUUGGUUGAAUUGCUCACAGGUCAUGUCCACAUUCAUUUUUUGUCUGACCAAUUAUUUAUUGCAUUUUGAUAGAAGAACACGCAUAUCAAGAAAUCAUGUAAACAGACAAACACAAAAAAAGAGAUUAAAAAAACUAUUUAAGAAAAUAACAACGGGGAAAAAAAUCUGUCCAACUUUUCAUUUACAUUUUUAUGUAUUUAUUUAUUUGGCUUUUGUCCAAAGCGACGUACAAAUGAGGUACAAUCCAAACUGGACCAAAGCGAUGCCAUCAACAAUAAGUGCCACGAUUUCAGUUCUGGUAAACGUACUUGAAGUGCUUCAUUCAAGUGCGAGGAUUCAACCAGCAGAGUUUCAUGUUCCAACUGCCAGUUACCAAACAUUAUGCAAACAAUUAUGGGGGUUUUACUUUCUAAACUCUGCCUGCCCAAAAUAAUUCCUCACACUUUGCUACUCUUUGAUGCCUUUCAAGCUUCCUGUAAAAUAUAGGGGAUUGUGGGAGUUGAAGUUCUCCUGUGGGUGUCACACCCAGCACCCCAAAAAGCUAUCAUACUGAUAUCUGUAUGCAAAUCAAACAUGAUCCAAAGUGACUUACUGAGUUUGUGUCAGGUCAGGUUGAUUUAUCUUCAUGCAACAGAUGUGAGAGAAUUUUAUUUUAUAUUUUAACACUUUUUGGCAUUAGAGGGUUUUGGUUUGUGCUCAUAGGAAGCUGCACUUAACUGUAUUGUACAUUUUUGGAUUUUCGGUUGCAGAGUUUGUUUUUUUCUUUUUCUUUCAGUCUUCACCAGCCCUCCACAUUGUUUGACUGACUACUUGCGACUGGUAUCAUCACAUUCUCAGUCCGCUGAAUGAUUUGACUGACUGUAUGAAUGAUUUAAUAAAUGAAUGAGCUCAUGUUGCAGUGUGUAUGUGUGAAAGAGAGAGCGAGACUGACAGGAAAGACGCGUCCUGACAUGAAACUGUAAACACCUUCAGCUCUGAACCUGCUGGAGCUGACGGUGUGAGUGAAAAGUAUUGAUCUGUGUUUCAUCUGCAAUAAAUCAUAUUUAACGUCAAA